AUGAGCACUCCAGCUGCAUCAUUCGCCCUCCCUGUUGCGUCCGAGUGGCCGACGUACAUCUCCAGGUCCGUCGUCAUCGACGCGCCGCGCGAAAAGGUCUGGAGCGUGUUUACCGACUUCAAGGCCUACCCCGAAUGGAACCCAUACUGGCGCGAAUGCACGCUACUUGACGAGCACAAGCGGCCGCUCGGGGCGGGGACGCCCGUCGCCGCCGGCCACCGGCUGUCACUGAAGCUGCACAUCCCGCCGACGAUGGACGACACUGUCGGCACGCACGACAUGGUCGAGGCGCUCUCGCACGUCGAGGCGGGGGCGCAUCUCGUGUGGACCGUUUCGUGGGGGUUCCUGCUGCGCUCCGUGCGGCUGCACCAUUUCGCCGACGUCGAGGGGGAGGCGGGAGCGGGCCGGAAGACCGAGGUGGUGGUGGUUUCGGCGAUCGGCGGCCUGGCGGGCCGGAUGAUGCCGAAGGGCAUGCUGGCGGAUUUGACUAUGUCGAUAGAGGCUAUGAACGCGGCGCUCAAAAAACGGUGCGAGGCGAUGUAG